AUGUCUCCCACUGCUCCUUCCCGCACCGCCCCCCGCCCCUUCUUCAAGUUGGGUAACCCCAACGUAAAGAGCACCAUUCGGGUCGAGAUCCGCCUCAAGACGGCAGGCUCGGGUGGUGCUCUGGGCAAGCGCUCGAACGCUCCUUCCCGCCCUCCUCACAAGCCCGCCCCGGCUCGUGUCGACAAAAAGACGCAGGUCGGCCAGGCGGGACGCAAGAAGUCGAGCAACCUGCCUCGCAAUAAGUCGGGCAGGGCCCGCAAGGGUCCGAAGAUCCUCGCCAACCAUGGCGACAUGCCCAUCGCGCAGAUGGCAGCGCCUCCUCCCGGUCGUCCCUUCCUCCCCUCUCCCUCGCUCUCUCCUCCUCCUGCUCCUUCCCAGGAGCAUCGCCCCCCUGCUCCUUCUACAGCAGGCACGGUCAUCAGGAAGAGGAAGGCGCCCCCCACGAUGCUCCUUCCCACAAGAAGGCCCAAGCCUUACUCCAGAUAA